AGUCUCGCGAGGUUUGAUUCACAGCGGCCCCGCCCUCUGAGAGGCGCUGGGUCUGCAGAGCCCCCAGAGCUCCCGUGUGAUCCUGCAAGUGCCCGUGUUUGGGAAGCGAAGCAGGCUCGCCCGCCUCCGAAGCUUUCCUCUGGCCACCUGCUGCACUUUGAGGCAAUGGGGAAGAUCGGGCUGCAGCUCAAAGCCACUUUGGAAAAUAUUACAAAUCUCAGGCCGGUGGGAGAGGAUUUUCGAUGGUACUUGAAGUUGAAGUGUGGAAACUGUGCUGAGGUUUCAGAAAAAUGGCAAUAUCUACGAUUAAUGGACAGCCACCCUCUCAAAGGAGGCAGGGGAAGUGCCACAAUGGUUCAGAAAUGCAAACUGUGCUCCCGAGAAAACUCCAUAGAUAUCUUAAGUCACACAAUGAAGCCUUACAAUGCUGAAGACAAUGAGACAUUUAAGACUAUAGUGGAGUUUGAGUGCCGUGGCCUUGAACCAGUGGACUUUCAACCACAGGCUGGGUUUUCUGCAGAAGGCGCAGAAUCUGGCACACGUUUUGAUGAGAUCAACUUGUUGGAAAAGGACUGGAAUGACUAUGAUGAAAAAAUAAAGGAAUCUGUUGGCAUCUAUGAAGUGACACAUAGGUUUGUCAAAUGUUGAAGCUUUUGUUUUGUGUGGGAUCAUUUUCUAUGUGGCCAUGUUUAAAUUGUGUUUACAGAACCUAGAAUAAAAGUUAUACUUUCUGCAGGAUUUAUUUUUCAA